CUUAUAUCCUGGAUUUCGCCUGCUUUGUGAGCGGAAAAAGACCGAAAGAAAUUUCUUCAUUCGUGGAUCUUUACCGAAAAGUUAA